ACCGAAGUCACAAGUCCAAAAUUAUGGGAACCCAGAGCUCUCAGCGACAAACUCAAGCCCGAGGUCGAGCUAUCUGCCGUACAUGCAAAAGUUGCCGUCAGAAAAAGGUAAAAUGUGAUAGCCAACAUCCAAAGUGCGGCACGUGUCGUAGGAAAAAUCAAGACUGCGAAUAUCCGAGGGAUGGAAGAAAAACAGCCGUGCGAGCCAAAAAGGAAGACAUAAAAUCGCUCGAAGAACAAGUUGAAGAACUGAAGGGUCAGAUUCGCCGACGGGUCACAGUAGAAAACGCUGCGAGCACGGAUAACUUGCAUCCGUAUGAGACCUCAGCUCAUUCCGACUCCGGGUCUAGGUGUUCUAGGGGCUGCCCAAAUGAACCCAAGUGCGAUCAAACCUUGCAGGACCAACUUACCUGUCAGAAUAACGGGGAAAAGACAUGCGCUGAUCCAGAUCCUUUGGGGGGCCGUCAAAUACAAGUCUAUGGGGCUACAAGUCUGCUACCUGGGUUCCUGGAAGCUCCUUCGUCCGAUUGCCAGUCCAAAGAAAAUAACGAAGACGCAUUCUUGAGAAACAUUACCCAAGAUCGACUCGUUGCCUUCUCGGCAAUUGUUAGACCGAAGGAGACUAUAAUCUACUCCACACCCAGUAUAGCAGUGAAUAUCGAUUUUGACGGCGUUCCCGUAGACAUGGCAAUGCAUCUGCUGGAGUUGCAUUGGAACAGGCUACAUUUGAUGUAUCUUUUGACAUAUCGCCCGCUAACUAUGGACAGCCUCUUCAAUAACGGACCUUAUAUAAACAAGCUUCUAUACAGUGAUCGAGUACCUUUGCGCUCAGAGCCUGAUGACGCGCAAACGAUGGGCAUGGCGUUCUACGACCGGUUCAAAGCCCUACUCAUCCACUACAUUGACCAGCCCAGUCUACCCACCGUCAUCGCACUACUGACUUGUGGUGCUUGCCUACUACAAUACGGAAAACAAAGCGCUAGUUGGGCUUAUUGCGGUAUGGCAUACAGGAUGAUAAUUGACCUUGGGUAUCACCGAGAGGAUCCAAGGUCCUCUCAAAGUGGCGAAGAUGCCAGACUCUCUGCCUUAGAUAAGGAGGCCAGAAGGAGGGUCUACUGGGGAGCAUAUGCUAAUGAUAAAUUCCAGUCCUUGUAUCUGGGCCGACUCCCAGGGCUUCAGCAAUCUCAUGGCAAUGUCCCCCGCGACUUCUUUGACUUUUACGAAGAAUUGGAAGAAUGGAAACCAUACACCGACGCUCGAGCUCGACUCAAUGACACCAGUAUCCCGGUUUAUCCAGGUCGGCCGUCAUAUGCUCUCAGCACGUUUCAGUGUUUGCUCCAGCUCUCGGUUAUUACGGAGACAAUCGUCAACACAUUCUAUUCGACUAAGGAUGCUAUGGCAACGGCGCAUGACUUUUUACAACGCAAACAAACGGUCAACGCACAACUGGAUCGUUGGAAAGAAACCCCUCCAGCGCAUCUACUGUUUGACCCGAAAAGGGAUGAAACACCUCUACCAUACCAGAUGACACUAUACACAACAUAUUGGACCCUGGUCAUUCUGACUGAGCAGCCGUUUCUCGCCCGUGGUCAUUUCGAGUUCACCACAGUCCCGGAAUUGCAAAACGAAUCAAAGAGGAAGUGUAUCGAAGCAUCUCUCGAAAUUCGAGACCUUAUUGAAGCGUACAGAAAGACAUUUUCGCUUAGACGCGCCCAAUACGGUAUUUCAUACGCGAUGUAUAGCGCAGUUAUUGUUCUGCUUCAGCACACUGACCAAGAUUGUGAUGAAUACCCUGAAGCUAUCCGAUUCUUUUGGCUUGCAUUGUUGGAAUACCAGAAUGGAUGUGGCCAUGGACUGAAAGGGCCACUCAGGCUGCUCAAAUCACUGAUGCGUCGGGUUGAAAAGGUAGGACAACGUAUUGAUAUCGACCCGCCGGGUACUACCGGGUCACUGGCUUCCAAUGACGUCCAGUUUGGAAUCGACCCCAUCCCGUUGAUGGAGGGUUUCGGACAGGGGGAAGCUUGGAUCAGAUCCUGGCUCAACGUAGAGACCGACAAUUUGUACUUUGCCGAUGACACUAUAUUUGGCUUCUUCGCACAAGAAUAA